AUGGUUCAAAACAAUUCGGCAAUCACCAAGCGACGCCUCUGCUCUCGAGAACCCGGACCCGAGGAAGCCGCAGCAAUGGUUCACACCGUCAGCUACAAUGCGGAAUUUGUGGCUGCCCUGCUCGCUUCCGCGAAGGAGGCGGUGGGGAAGAACCUCGGGGACGGUGCGGCCCAAAGGAAUAGUAACAAUAUGCAGGACCUGAUCGAGCGCAUGGGGCCGAGCAAAGUGAGCGCCUUGCUGAUGGAUGACCCGGUGCGUGCGAAGCCUCCUGUCAUCCCCUGCGCCCCCCCCGCUUCAUGUUUCUGCUGCCCGCCUCUCUGCUCCCCUCCCAACGUGCGCCCGGCGUGGCAACGGGUCCGUGCGCCGACUCAAAACAGAGCCCUUCCUCCCUGA